AUGGAUGUGGAGGAGUGCUUGGUCCCGGGCUAUGCACGAGUGAAGCACUCGGUACGUUUUAUCAUCCAGGAAGAGGUGAACCGCGAGAAAUUACUUCUAUACAUCGCUGAUGUUAUUUUGGAAGAUUUUGGAGGCGUUCAGAGGAAAGAGAUCCUUGCUAUACAGGAUUACCCAAAAAGAGGCAUAUAUGAUGUUACCUUUGAUGGAGAAAAAGUUUAUUCUCGAUUUCUGAGAUCAUGGAAACAAGGCCCUGAGGAUGAUCGACUUCGUGGUUUCAAGGUUGUACCCCACUUUCCAGAUGAGGAGAUAGCCUUGAUUGUAAAGUCGUACUCACCUUUUGUUCAGUUGAACGAAGUGGAACUCUUUUUAAGGAACCACUGCAAGAAGGUAUUGUUUGUGGGCAAAGUUUAUAAUGAGAUUGGAGUGUGGGCCUGCAAAUUCAGGUUCAAAGUGACUUUCAAAGAGAACUUUUUACCCCCUGCGAGGUUUCGUUUGGGGAAUGUUAACUUUGAUAUUUUCUUUACAGGUAUGCCUAAUUUUUGUAGGAAAUGCAGGAAUUAUGGACAUUGUGCAGAAACUUGCAAUAUAUGUACAAACUGUGGCAGUACUACCCAUUUGAUUAAGAACUGUAAUGAGGCAAAGAAAUGUAACCUCUGCUUAGAAGUUGGACAUUUAUAUGCUGCGUGCCCUCAACGCAAAAAGACUUUUGAAAAGACUGUUUCUGAGGAGGUUAACGAGGUUGUCUCAAGUGGGGAGGGGGAGGCAAUUUCAAUGAUUGAGGGAGAGGCUGUUUCAAUGGGGGAGGGGGCAGCUGUUUCAACUGAAGUAGUGCCUAAAUUAACCCUUUCCUUUGAAGAUGUUUUUUGUGUUGAUUUAAAAAGUUCUGUGCAGGAACCAGAUGAGGUUGGAGAACCAGUGGCAAAGAAGAAAAUAAAAAGGAAAACAACUCCAGAGAAGACUCCAAGGAGACACGUUAUAUGAGUAUUGGAA